UCUAAACGUCGUAUGCGCCUCUUCAGUCAGAAGUUGUCAUUUCCCAGGGGAAGGUUUAGCUUUUUGUAUUCCUGCUUUAUCGGUAUAUUUUAACAAUUCUUGUGUCUUAGCGUUCAAAUGUCAGCAGAAGUUAAUAGCAAAAUGUUUGUUAUCAAGCGAGAUGGACGAAAGGAGAAGGUGAUGUUUGAUAAAAUAACGUCGAGAAUUAGUAAGCUAUGCUACGGACUGAAGGAAGACUACGUUGACCCGGUUGAUAUUACAAUGAAAGUUGUCUCUGGUGUAUACAGUGGGGUGACAACUGCUGAACUCGAUACUCUCGCUGCUGAAACAGCAGCAGCAAUGACUACCAAACACCCAGAUUAUGGUACACUAGCUGCUAGGAUUGCUGUGUCCAAUUUGCAUAAAGAAACUACCAAGACAUUUAGUGCGGUUAUGAAGGAUUUGUAUGAGCAUGUGAAUCCCAGGAAUAGAAGACAUUCGCCUCUAAUCUCAAAAGAAACUUUCGACAUCAUUAAAAAACAUGAAGAUGUUCUGAACUCUGCAAUUAUUUAUGAUAGAGACUUUAACUAUACUUACUUUGGAUUCAAGACAUUAGAACGAUCAUACCUGUUAAAACUGAAUGGCAAGGUUUGGGAACGACCUCAGCAUAUGUUAAUGAGAGUGUCAAUUGGUAUCCAUGGUGAAGAUAUAGAGUUGGCCAUUCAAACCUACAACCUAAUGUCUGAUAGAUGGUUCACUCAUGCAUCACCAACUUUGUUUAAUUCUGGUACCAACCGUCCUCAAUUAUCAAGCUGCUUUUUACUUGCAAUGAAAGAUGAUAGCAUUGAAGGAAUUUAUGACACUUUAACAAGAUGUGCGCUUAUCUCUAAAAGUGCUGGUGGGAUAGGUUUGAAUGUUCAUUGUAUUAGGGCAACUGGAAGUUACAUUGCUGGGACAAAUGGUUUAUCAAAUGGAAUAAUUCCAAUGUUGAGGGUGUUCAAUGCUACAGCAAGAUAUGUUGAUCAAGGGGGCAACAAACGACCUGGUGCAUUUGCAAUCUAUCUUGAGCCAUGGCAUGCUGAUAUUUAUGAGUUCCUUGAUCUUAGGAAAAAUACAGGGAAAGAAGAACAGCGUGCCAGAGACUUGUUUUUUGCUUUGUGGAUUCCUGAUCUGUUCAUGGUACGUGUUCAAGAGGAUGGGGAUUGGUGCUUAAUGUGUCCAGACGAAUGCCCUGGAUUACAUGAUGUAUAUGGAGAUGAAUUUAAAGAACUUUACAUGAAAUAUGAAAGAGAAGGUCGUUAUAGGAAGAAAAUCAAGGCACAAAAGCUGUGGUUUGCAAUUCUGGAUUCUCAAAUUGAAACGGGAACACCCUAUAUGUUGUACAAAGAUGCAUGUAACCGAAAAAGUAAUCAAAAGAACCUUGGUACAAUCAAGUGUAGUAACCUUUGUACUGAGAUUGUAGAAUAUACCAGUCCAGAUGAGGUAGCUGUAUGCAACUUGGCAUCAAUAUCUCUCAAGCAGUUUGUAAAGACAGAGAAAAAUCCACCUCAGUAUGAUUUUCAGAAGCUCUUCGAAGUCACAAAGGUGGUGACAAAAAAUUUGAAUAAAAUAAUUGAUAUCAACUAUUAUCCUGUUCCUGAGGCAAGAAACUCUAACAUGAGACAUAGACCAAUUGGUAUUGGAGUUCAGGGGUUAGCUGAUGCCUUUAUUCUCAUGAGAUUUCCCUUUGAAAGCGAUGAAGCACGGCAGCUUAACAUUGAAAUAUUUGAAACAAUUUAUUUCGCAGCCUUGACAGCAUCAUGUGAACUUGCUGAGAAAGAUGGCCCAUAUUCUACUUAUGAGGGUUCACCAAUUAGUCAAGGGCUUUUGCAAUAUGACUUGUGGGAUGUGUCACCAACAAACAGAUGGAACUGGGCAGAACUCAAGGAGAAAAUUGCCAGGCACGGUGUUCGGAAUAGUCUACUGCUUGCUCCAAUGCCGACAGCAUCAACUGCCCAAAUUCUCGGAAAUAAUGAGUCAUUCGAACCAUACACAAGCAACAUCUACACAAGACGAGUUUUGUCAGGUGAAUUUCAGGUUGUCAAUAAUCAUCUGUUGAAGGAUCUUGUUGAUCGUGGUCUGUGGAAUGAUCGAUUAAAGAAUCAACUAAUUGCCAGUGGUGGUUCGGUUCAGGACAUCGACGGGAUUCCUGAUGACCUAAAGCGACUCUACAAGACAGUGUGGGAAAUUUCCCAGAAACGAUUGAUAGACAUGGCAGCUGACCGAGGAGCUUAUAUAGAUCAAAGCCAGUCGUUUAAUGUUCACAUGGGUGAUAUUAACUACGGAAAAUUGACCAGCAUGCACUUUUAUGGCUGGAAGAAAGGUUUAAAGACUGGCAUGUACUACCUUCGUUCGAAACCCGCUGCCCAAGCCAUUCAAUUCACCGUUGAUCAAGAAGCCCUUAAAACUAAGACAUCUGAAGAACAAGUUAAGCAAAACGAGGAGGCAAUUGCGUGUUCGUUGCAAAACAAGGAAGCAUGUGUAAUGUGUAGUGGCUAGACCAUUACCAGAUAGUUCGGUGGUUACAUAAACCGUAAACUUGCUUUGAUUCGGGUUUACGUCAUGUUUUAUAGUACGUAUUACUACUGGUACUACUGUUCUCAUACCAUGUCUCUCGUUUCAAUUCAAGAUACUGUGUACAGUGGGACAUGUAUAUACUGUAUUUAAUGAAUUUUGAAACAAUUCCAGGUCGAAAACUAGAAACAAGACUGGGACGUGGGACAUUAGUCUAAUACAAAGCCAUUUUUCGAUAACAUUAUUUCGUGAUUAUUUUAUUUUCUCUCAAAGUUAUGAUUAAUAUCUAAAUUUCUCUGCAUAUUUUUUAUAUAGG